AUGCAGCGCGUCUCACAAUUUUUCAAUAAAGCUCCUCAUAUAACUAUUUCUCCUUCCCUAUCUAUGGUAUCUAGAAACUCUAAAAGACCGUUUCUAUCGCGAUUUUAUGCUACUCACAAAGACCUUAAAUUUGGAGUUGAAGGACGUGCUUCAUUACUAAAAGGUGUUGAUAUUUUAGCUAAGGCGGUAGCUGUUACACUUGGUCCCAAGGGACGUAAUGUGUUGAUUGAACAACCAUAUGGUAGCCCUAAGAUCACAAAGGACGGUGUCACUGUAGCUAAAAGUAUAUCACUUAAAGACAAAUUCGAAAACCUUGGUGCAAGGUUAGUUCAAGACGUUGCCAACAAAACUAAUGAAAUGGCAGGAGAUGGUACCACAACCGCUACGAUUCUCACGCGAGCAAUUUUUGUAGAAGGUGUAAAAAAUGUUGCCGCUGGCUGUAACCCGAUGGAUCUACGUCGCGGAGUUCAAAUGGCGGUUGAUUCCAUUGUCAAAUUUCUACGAGAGAAAAGUCGUGUUAUAACUACAAGCGAAGAGAUAGCUCAGGUUGCUACGAUCUCGGCUAAUGGCGAUACGCAUGUUGGUAAAUUAAUAGCUAAUGCCAUGGAAAAAGUCGGGAAGGAAGGCGUCAUCACAGUAAAAGAAGGAAAGACAAUCGAAGAUGAGUUAGAAAUAACCGAAGGAAUGCGUUUUGAUCGUGGAUAUAUAUCACCAUAUUUUAUCACUGAAGCUAAAACUCAAAAAGUUGAAUUUGAAAAGCCUUUAAUUCUACUCUCCGAGAAAAAAAUUUCAGUUUUGCAAGAUAUUUUACCGGCAUUAGAAACUUCAUCUACACAACGCAGACCGCUUUUAAUUAUAUCUGAAGAUAUUGAUGGUGAAGCUUUGGCCGCUUGUAUCUUGAAUAAAUUACGUGGCAAUAUUCAAGUGGCCGCUGUAAAAGCUCCCGGCUUUGGUGAUAAUAGAAAAUCUAUCUUAGGUGAUUUAGCUAUAUUAACAGGUGGAACAGUUUUCUCAGAUGAGUUAGAUAUCAAGCUUGAGCGUGCUACUCCUGAUCUUUUCGGUUCAACCGGUUCCGUUACUAUUACCAAGGAAGACACCAUCCUUCUUAACGGUGAUGGUUCCAAAGACUUUAUAAAUCAACGUUGUGAACAAAUCCGUGCAGCAAUUAAUGAUGCGUCUGUUUCUGAUUAUGAGAAAGAAAAAUUACAAGAACGCCUUGCUAAAUUGUCGGGCGGUGUAGCUGUUAUCAAAGUAGGUGGAUCUUCUGAACUCGAAGUUGGCGAAAAGAAAGAUCGGUUUGUUGAUGCUUUAAAUGCUACACGAGCUGCGGUUGAGGAAGGCACUGUUCCAGGGGGAGGCGUUGCCCUUUUGAAAUCUAUUAAAUGUCUUGAUAAUUUGUCACCCGCCAAUUUUGAUCAAAAAUUAGGUAUAGACAUAGUUAAAUCAGCACUUCAAAAGCCAGCAAAAACUAUUGUGGAUAAUGCUGGUGAAGAAGGUGCCGUUAUUGUUGGCAAAAUCCUAGAUAAUCAUGUGGAUGAUUUUAAUUAUGGAUAUGAUGCUGCUAAGGGCGAGUAUGGCGAUCUUGUUUCACGUGGUAUUGUAGAUCCAUUGAAAGUUGUGAGAACAGCACUCGUUGAUGCUUCAGGUGUUGCUAGUUUAUUAACAACGACGGAAUGCAUGAUUACCGAAGCUCCAGAGGAAAAUAAGGGAGCCGCUGGCGGAAUGGGACGUAUGGGUGGAAUGGGUGGAAUGGGUGAUAUGGGUAUGAUGUAA